AUGGUGGCGACUGGCUCUUGUCGUCUGCAUCUGCGCACCCAUCCCAGCAUGCCCUGCGCCUGCUUCACACCCCACCCCUCUGCAGCAGGAUUUGGGGACUUCGACACCUACGACGAUCGUGCCUACAGCAGCUUCGGCGGCGGCAGAGGGUUCCGAGGCAGCGCUGGUGGUCAUGGUUCCCGUAGCCAGAAGGAGCUGCCCACAGAACCCCCCUACACAGCAUAUGUAGGAAAUCUACCUUUUAAUACGGUUCAGGGUGACAUAGAUGCUAUCUCUAAGGAUCUCAGCAUAAGGAGUGUACGGCUAGUCAGAGACAAAGACACAGACAAAUUUAAAGGAUUCUGCUAUGUAGAGUUUGACGAGGUGGAUUCUCUGAAGGAAGCGUUGACUUAUGACGGUGCACUGUUGUGUGAUCGGUCACUUCGUGUGGACAUUGCAGAAGGCAGAAAGCAAGAUAAAGGUGGCUUUGGCUUCAGGAAAGGUGGACCAGAUGACAGAGGCUUCAGGGAUGACUUCUUAGGAGGCAGAGGAGGCAGUCGCCUUGCUGACCGGCGAACAGGCCCUCCAAUGGGGAGUCGUUUCCGAGAUGACCCUCCCCUGUAUGGCUCCAAUAUGGACUUCAGAGAACCCACAGAAGAGGAAAGAACACAGAGACCACGACUUCAGCUCAAACCUCGAACAGUCGCAACGCCCCUCAAUCAAGUAGCCAACCCCAACUCUGCUAUCUUCGGGGGAGCCCGGCCCAGAGAGGAAGUUGUUCACAAAGAGCAAGAAUGA